CGAUUUUGUAACGGUUAACAGUUGAACCCUAAUCACUAAUUUUUUCGAUUUAGCCUCCGGAAAAAAGAGGCUUUAAUUCAUCAAUAAAUCUCUAGCUGUGAAUGUCUCGCUGACUCGAUUGAAGGAGAAAGUCGUCAGAUUGAGUAAGAAAUUCAAGAAUCGUGCCAAAGGGAAGAAUGGUUUGGACAACAGCUUUAGAAAAGCUCAUGACCAGAAACCUUUCGGUGAAGAAGAUCUGGGACAGCCAGUGAGGAUUUCUAGGCCUACCUGCUGAUGGUAAGUAAAAUGGAAAAGCAAAGAAGAGAGGCCAUUCUAAUGGUGGGAGUAGCAGUAAAAUUGUGGCCAUGGCUGCAGAUUUGGGUGCGGCGAAUGGAUUUGAAAAUGCAAAGAGCAUUGGUGGUGGUAUUAGUGGUGAAAAUUCCAAUAGGAAGAUCCAAAUGAUACUUUGGGAGCAGGGAAUGGAGGAGCAAAGAUAAUGGAAAUUGGUUGAGGUCACUGAUUAGAAAGAUGGAUUUAGCUUAGAUUAGAUCUUAACUGGUGCCGAAGUUGGAUGAUUGUAGUGUUAAAGGAGUAGGGUGGAAAGCAGCUAGUCUAAGCAACAAAAGAAAGGUUCAAGCUUGAUGAUGAAACUGAGCAAGAGAAGCAGCAGAUCGAGAAUUCCAAUUCUUGCUAGCGGAGACAUCCACCACGUAGAAGAUGGAUUGCUCGACCAGACUGAUUUGAUUGUGGAGUACUUGAAGCUGUGCGAAGAGUAGCAGUUCAUCCUCAUGUUAGAGAGGAUUUGAAUGCACAAUCCAACCUGACCAUUGCAAGUUCUAGCUGAACAUUCAUCCUUGUGUCAUGAACAAGGUACAAUGUAUGCUCUGUUUAUACUGUGAUUCAUAGGAUGACAGCUUGCAGAUUCUUUGUUGAUGUUCUUAGUACCCCUUUGAGGAGAUCUACAAGACAAUCAAAGCCAUCGUCGGUGAUAAGGUUGAGAAGGUGAUGGUGGGUGUAGCGCCAACAAGAAGAGGAUCAUGAAGGCUGAUUUUUUGAGGGACAACAACAUGGGUCCAUGCACAUCUAGCAAGAAGACCAUGGACAAGCUAAGGAAGAGUGAUGAUGCUGAUAAGAACGACAAGUCUGUUAUGGAUCUUGUGCUACUACUGUUCGACACUACGUUGCCGACCUCUAUGUUCAGUGUUGAGGGCACUUUGGCAACCAGGAUUCACAGGAUGUUGCUUGAGCUGAGCACUGAUGAGGAUGAUCUGGUUGGUGGCGAUGAGUCGGAGAUGCCUUCACUUGAGGAUGAUGGUGUUGUCGAAAUCCCAGAUGGGUUUGAGACAGAUCAGAAUUUGCAGUAGUCGUGGUAAAUCUGCUGCUGAUUGUUGGAGGUUGCUGCAGAAUCCAGUUGCUGCCGCUGAAAUUCGAUAAACUCAAUCUGGACAAGGUUUGAGUUUAGGGGAGGCUGUUUGUUAGAAUAAUUAAUCACAUGCUUU